GAAAAAAAAACAACAACACAGGCGGAUUCUCUGCCUGUCGCUCUUAACAACAUGUAACUAGCAAUAGUAUUAGUACAAAACACGUAUUUUCCGGAGUGCAGACUGGUUGUCACUGAUAAGUUUAUAACCCCGCAAGUGUAGGUGUAGGUGUGUAGGGUAGCUACUGCCCAUUGUUCAUUCAACGUUUCUCCAGGACCAUAAUGCUACAUAAAAGACAGAACUAAGGACUUAGCUAUACAGCUGCAGCCCACAUCAGAUGCCAUGGAGUCGUGUGAUGACGGGGGCCUCAGCGUGGGCACUUCCUCUAUAGAAGAGAACUACUUCCAAGGCUACACAUUUACAGACCGCUCCCAUUCCAGUCGUGUGGUCAAGAGCAUCAUGGACCUGUGUUUGGAGGAUGGCUUAUUUGCAGAUGUCACCAUCACUGUGGAAAGCAAAGAGUUCAACCUGCAUCGCCUGGUCCUUUCGGCCCAGAGCAGCUUCUUCAGGUCCAUGUUCACCUCGAACCUCAGAGAAACUUACGAUCGCCACAUUGAGCUAAAAGACGUCAGUGCACCUGUCUUUCAGCUGCUGGUGGACUACAUCUACCACGGGACCAUCAAGCUGCAUGUGGACGACUUGCAAGACACCUAUGAAAUGGCUGACAUGUACCAGCUCACAGCCCUGUUUGAGGAGUGCUCCCGCUUCCUCUCACGAACCGUAGAUGUCAAGAACUGUCUUCAUGUGAUGUGGUUGGCAGACAGACACAGCGACCAAGAGCUCUAUACAGCAGCUAAACACUGUGCUAAGAUACAUCUGGUACAGCUGCACCAGACAGACGAGUUCCUCAACCUCCCCCUACGUCUCCUCAUCGACAUCAUUAAAGAUGGUGUUCCAACUUCCCAAAAUCCAACUGCAGCAAUCGAGUCUUGGAUAAACUACAACAAAGUUGAGCGUGAAGAGUUUGCAGAUAGGCUCUCUGAUAGCCUAAAGGAGAUUGGAGAGAAUGUACACAUCUACCUUAUAGGCAAGGAGGAGACGCGGACACACUCGCUGGCUGUGUCACUUCACUGUGCUGAGGAUGAUGCCAUCAGUGUGAGUGGUCAGAACAGCCUCUGUCAUCAGAUCACAGCGGCCUGCAAGCAUGGAGGCGACCUGUAUGUGGUGGGUGGCUCCAUCCCACGGCGGAUGUGGAAGUGUAACAUGCGUACGAUGGAUUGGGAGCGGUGUGCACCGCUGCCUCGUGAUCGUCUGCACCAUGCGUUGGUGUCUGUAGUCUCAGAGGAUGCCAUCUACUCACUCGGGGGCAAAACGCUUCAGGACACACUGUCCAACGGCAUUGUUUACUACACAGUGAGUGCCAACACGUGGACAGAGACCAGCCAGCUGGACACUGCUGUGUCAGGCGCUGCAGGGGUCCACCUCGACGGGAUCAUCUACCUCUUGGGUGGAGAAGAGAACGAUGCCGACUUUUUCACCAGGCCAUCCCGCCUCAUCCAGUGCUUCGACACAGGAACCCAAAAAUGCCGCACCAAGCCGUAUGUCCUACCCUUCGCUGGCCGCAUGCAUGCCGCCGCCCACAAGGACCUGAUCUUUGUGGUGGCUGAGGGCGACUCACUAGUGUGCUACAACCCUCUGCUGGACAGCUUCACACGCCUGCGCUUCCCAGAGGUGUGGAGCUGCGUGCCCUCGUUCUGGAAGGUAGCCAGCUGCAAUGGAUGUAUUUAUGUCUUCCGGGACAAAUGCAAGAAAGGCGAUGCAGACACACUAAAGCUGAACCCAGCCACAUCCGUUGUGUCCGUUAUCAAAGGGAUUAAAAUUCUUCUCACAAACUGGCAGUUUGUUUUGGCCUGAUGUUGAAGUGCCAUAUUGAACGACUUUGUACAUAGUACGUGGUACAUGUGGACUAUGUGACGUGUUUGCUGUUAUGCUGAAGAAUUUACAUUUGCAUUUGCAGUUACUUGUUUGGCACAUGCUUUUAUCCAAGAGAGCUUAUAGUUGAGUGGAGCAGAUGAAGUUUUAAGGGUCAUACUCAAGGGCCCUGCAACGACAGUUUGACAUGAAUGAAUGAAUGAAUGACUGUUCAGUGCUAACGCUGGCCCUGUAUAAUGAUGUUGUAAGCUAAACUAACUGCCAGCACCAAGCAGCAUGUCUAUAUGGAACUUUUAUUCAGUUGUGCGGAAAAUGCAGUGCUAUGAAAAGCCAUGCAAAAUUGUAACGAUCAACUGAUUCAGCACUUCUGUGACAUUCAGACCUACAGAUCAGUGUCUAGGUUCACAGGGUCUACAUGACAAGCAGUAAAGACCUGACUUCUAGUCUUAUUAUGACAGUAGAAUGUCAUUAUCUGCUGUCCUUGUGUUAGACUAUGGACUACUGAUCAUAGGAUCAUCUUUCUUUAUUAAGAUGCAAAACCGAUCUCUGAUCUUAAUCUAAAUUCUUAUACACGAGGGCACUUCAGUUGUUAGUAGGCUGAGUAAUAAGAAGAGUUGAUAGGAGGUAUGUAUGUCAAAAAUGUCUGAGCAGUCUUCUGAGUGUUGUAAAGUUCCCAUUAGCCCGCAGUGAAACAGUUACCGAGUGCAAUGUUACAAAGAUAAGCCUGCUCUAGUCUUCGGGCUGAAUGUUCUAGUACAGGUGUGUCAAAUUCAUUUUAGGUAAAUGACCACAUUACACUUAGGUCCUGGGCAUGUUUACUACGGUCCUGGUACACUGAUCUUGUUACAGACUCACUUGAUUCGUGCAUUUGUACUUAUCAAACCUCACCACAAACUCACAUCGAGAACACAACAUGACUCACCAUAUUUUUAUUAUUAUUUCUUUUAAUCAUUUUGUACAGAAAGGCAUCUCAUCACUUCUGUGUCCCUCAGUGUUCUCCUGCCACUCAUGGUACAUGUGGGUUGUGGGAAUGAGUGAUGUCAUCACCAGCUUAAACACAUACACAGGUUACUUUACUUCCUGAACUGUUAUGAACAUGAGUACCGGUUACGUUCACAUUCGUAUGGAUCAUGGCACAGUUCCAGUGCAAAUGAACCCAGACUGAAAGACAAGCACAUCUCCUCCUAAGUGUGUUUUAUUAAUCAGUUAAAAAAAAAAACAACAACACUAAUCACUACGCAUGACAUCUGUACAGUCAGUUCCUUGCAUAAGGAUUUGCUUUGUCUUGAAUUUUUCUGCAUUUAGUAGUGUUGUAAACUGGAAUUGAGAUAUGAACUUAAUUUAUUGCUAAAAUUAUUCAUAUCAUGUUUUGACAUAGAAAGUUUUUACUUUUGUAUGCAAAGGUGUCAUUUAGAUCAUUUUGUGUCUGAUGCGUCACCAGUGAAACACAGUUUCAUAAUGAAUUAAUCAUAAGUAAAACAUCACGUGCUGCCAUGUUUCUGUUAGCUACUGGAAUCAACAAGUUUCCAACCUGGCGUUAACAAAGAAACCCAGUGACCGUUAUGUCAACAUGCUUUUUUUUUUUUAAUGAAAAUGUAUGUAUUAUGUAGAAAGUUCUUGCUUUCUACAGAGAUGAAGAGGAAUCUUUGCCACUCCAGCACAUGCAAACAUUAUUUUUUGAAAUAAAACACCUAGGAGUCUUUUCCACUGCUUUAUCAUGUACGAUGAGUGACUGGAGGAGAAAAGAAAGACUUUCAAGGUCUAAAUAAAAAUGUAAAUUAAGACUACAAGUAUUCAGUUUCAAUUAAAAGUACCACAAAAUACAUGUACAUGCUUAAGUACAGUAAUGAAGUCCAAUUACUAGUAUUUUCCACCUGGGGUUACAAAGUAAAAUGUUUAGCUUGGUAAAGAAGGAGUAUGUAUCGUUACCCAGGUUAGUAGAGUUGAGUUUAUGGCUCUGAGUUUAUUAGUUUUUUCUGAUUGUUGUGCCCAAAAAUGCUUAAUUUUUGAUUUAAAAAAAAAAAAAGAUUGAGUUUUUGUGCUUUUUUUUUUUUUUUUUUUUUUAAUGAGAGAAACUUCUUACUUUUUCACUCUCCUUUCUGUCCACAUGUUGAUUUUAAUUAACAGCACAGAUGAUAAAUUUGUUUGGAUUCUGCAGUUUAUCAGGCCGGAUGUUUGACACUCCUGCAGUAAACACUACAUAGUAAGCUCUUUUGCUCUGUAGUAUUGCUAGUGUAAAAGUUGUGAGCAGCAGUGGAACAUGUCCAGUGACUUGUGCAUGUGGAUUGUUAGAUAUUAUGUCUCUUGUGUAAAAUGUCCUUCAUUGAAAGGGAGAAAGAUUUUGGGGUUGAACGGCCUGAAGUAUGUUGUGAUGGUUCAUAAUGCUUAAUUAUGGAUGUGGAGCGUGCACGCGCACACACACACACACACACACGCACACACACACAGACAGCAAAGCUGAUUAUAUAUAAAUAAUGUAUUCUGCACAAAUAAAUACAUUGUUAUGAAGCUCAUGAAGGGCAAACAAAGUCAACAUAACGAUUGCUCUGUAUCAUUAACAAUGCACUGGUUUGCUAAAUCACAUUUUAUUACCCUAACCAAUCAGGAUUCUGCUUUUUUUUUCUCAUUUCUGUUUAAAAGGUACAUGCUGAAUGUAACAUAAUCACAGUGACAUAACUCUUUAAAUGCAUUAAAUGUAAUAAAAUAAAUUUUAUCUA